AAGGGCGGGUGCGUGGCUCCGCGCGCAGGAGUGGCGUCACGCCAGCCUCGGCGAUUGUCACUUAUUUAUAAAACAGUUCGCCUGGGGGGGCGGACGCUGCCGCAGAGCGGGGUAAACCGCCAUCAUGGCCGAGAAAAAAGAUCUCGAGGCGGGUGAUCCGGAGCUAGAAUGCGUGAGGAAACCGAUGAAGCUACCGGAGCUGCCGAAACCUCUGACCUUCGAGGAAAAGAAGUACCUCCUCGCGGUAGAGAGGGGGGAUAUGGGAAAUGUCAAAAGGAUUCUCCAAAAAGCUCAUCGGAAGAAACACAUAGAAAUCAACUGCGUCGACUCAUUGGGUCGCGGUGCCUUGACCCUGGCCAUUGAUGGUGAGAACCUCGAGAUGGUAGAAUUGUUGGUAAUCAUGGGCGUUGACACCAAAGACGCUCUGCUCCAGGCCAUUAACGCAGAGUUUGUUGAAGCCGUGGAAUUGUUACUUGAACACGAAGAACUAAUUCACAAAGAAGGCGAGCCUUACAGCUGGCAGAAAGUGGAUCCAAAUACAGCAAUGUUUACUCCUGACAUCACACCAUUGAUGCUGGCAGCCCACAAAAACAACUACGAGAUCAUCAAGAUCCUGCUGGACCGUGGGGCUACUUUACCAAACCCCCACGAUAUUAGGUGUCCCUGCGAGGAGUGCAUUCGUGAAUCUACAGAAGAUUCCCUCCGUCACUCGCUGGCUCGACUCAACGAGUACAGGGCUUUGGCCUCGCCCUCGCUGAUCGCUCUGUCGUCCACUGACCCGAUCCUGACUGCUUUUCAACUCUCCUGGGAACUCAGAAAUUUGGCGUUUGCUGAACAGGAAAGUAAAGCAGAAUAUCUUGAGCUCCGCCGCCAAGCGCAGCUCUUUGCGGUGGAUCUGUUGGACCAGUCCCGAAGCUCGCAAGAGCUCGCCAUCAUCCUGAACCAUGACCCCGAUGAACCGGCCUUUGUCGACGGAGACCACAUGAAACUGGCUAGGCUUGAGUUGGCUAUCGAUUUUAAGCAGAAAAAGUUCGUAGCCCAUCCCAACAUUCAACAACUGCUAGCAUCGAUCUGGUACGAAGGUGUCCCUGGGUUCCGUCGCAAGACCACCAUGGAGAAGAUCAUGAUCAUCUGCCGCGUCGCCCUGCUCUUCCCGUUCUACUGCACCCUGUACAUGAUAGCUCCGAACUGCGCCACUGGAAAACUGAUGAGGAAACCGUUCAUGAAGUUCUUGAUACACGCUUCGAGUUAUUUGUUUUUCUUGUUGAUUUUGAUAUUGGUAUCACAAAGAGCGGAGGUUCAAGCGAUACAGCUCUUUGGCCCUGAAUGGAUGGUUAAAGAGCUAGAGAAAGAACUACUUAAGCAGAGAGGCAACGGCCCCACUUACUUGGAGUUGGUCGUCGUUGUUUACGUGUUAGGGUUUAUCUGGGAGGAAACUCAAGAGAUUUACAUAGAAGGCAUCCGUUCUUACCUCCGGAAUAUGUGGAACUUCAUUGACUUCACCAGGAACUCGCUUUAUGUUGCUGUUGCGGUGUUACGAUUCGCUGCUUACAUCCAGCAGACCUCAGAGAUCAGGCGGGACCAACAGACGAAGUUCAUACCCAGGGAAAGUUGGGAUGCCUUCGAUCCUCAAUUGAUCGCUGAGGGAUUGUUUGCUGCUGCUAAUAUAUUUAGUGCCUUAAAGUUGGUGCACUUAUUCUCCAUCAACCCUCAUCUGGGACCGCUGCAGAUCUCGCUCGGCCGCAUGGUCAUCGACAUCGUCAAGUUCUUCUUCAUCUACAGCUUGGUACUCUUCGCCUUUGCUUGCGGUCUAAAUCAACUACUCUGGUAUUUCGCGGAUCUGGAGAAAAGGAAAUGCUAUGUAUUACCCGGUGGUCUACCGGACUGGGAUAAUGCUGGUGAUUCCUGUAUGAAAUGGAGGAGUUUCGGAAACGUGUUCGAAGCAUCGCAGUCCCUUUUCUGGGCCUCCUUUGGCAUGGUUGGUUUGGAGAACUUUGAAUUGGCCGGCAUCAAGAGUUACACCCGGUUCUGGGGCCUGCUCAUGUUUGGCUCAUACUCGGUGAUAAACGUCAUCGUAUUACUGAAUCUCCUCAUCGCUAUGAUGUCCAACUCCUAUGCCAUGAUUGAUGAACAUUCGGACGUUGAAUGGAAAUUCGCCCGAACACGCCUAUGGAUGAGCUACUUUGAAGAGAGCGCUACCUUGCCUCCCCCAUUCAAUAUUAUGCCGACUCCAAAACUGCUCCUUAAGAUGCUCGGGUUAAGGAAGAAGGAUAAGUUAAGGAAGAUGAAGCUCAAGGAACAGAAAGAGAAAGAACACGAUGUACGUUACACAGCUGUUAUGCGAGCCCUUGUAUGGCGCUAUGUAUCAGCCAUGCACAGAAAGAUGGAUGAUGAACCGGUGACAGAAGAUGACGUCAACGAGCUGAAGGGAGAUGUCUCCGCACUAAGAUACGAGCUGCUUGAAGUCUUCGAGAGGAAUGGCAUGGAUGUGUCGUUCACUGAUAAGAAGGAGAAGACUGUGCUCGGUAGCAAACAGAAAGUGUGGGAGAGGCGUCUAAUGAAGGACUUCCAUAUUGCCGUUGCCGGACUCGAAGAAGACAAACCCGCCAAUGAGGAUGGUCUAUCACGUUUCAGGCGUAUAGCCAAGAUGGCAAUUGCUAACACCACGAACGCUAAAUGGAACGAAACGCUUGUCCGUUCUGGGGUCGCGACGCAGAUUGGUCGUUGCCGCAGUCGUGAGUCGUUCAAAAACCAACAGAACCUGCAACGAGCCAUGGAGGAGGCCAGGAAGUUAGUCAUGCGGUCGCCACUGCCUGGCAGUUCUCGAGCCGCAUCACCUAUCGAAAUGCCGGUGACUCCUGGACACACACUACUGAACCUGAUCAAGGACAUCUCUACUGAAGUCGGAGAGCCUGUGGACAUCUCAGUGACUCCUGGUGUAAUGUCGCCCGCAAAGCCGCCAUUGGUAGAGGGAGUUGCUGGACUGGCUACUAGCGCGUUGCUGUCCGCGGCAUCAGCAGUGCCGAUCAGGCCGAUAUCACCAAAACCGAGGUCGCCUAGCCCAGCACCGCCAAAGCCAGCUUCUAAGGCUGGAACACCACUGCCGCCAUCUCGCGGAGCCAGCCCAGUUCCAAAGCCUAGCAGCCCCGUCGGCGAUGGGACAACUUCACCACAACCAGAACCAAGCCCGUUGAAAGCGAAACGUGUGCCAGGUGAAUCUCCACCAAAGGUUAUCAAGAGGAAGGCGCCAGGUCCCGCCACUCAGGCUGACGAUCAGGCUAAAGAUGCUGCACCUGAAGGUGAUAAGGAUGGCAAGCCAUCUGAAGAUAUUGCUGUAGCAAGACCAGUGGCUCCAGAGAUCAAACCAUCUGAAGGAGCCAUACCACCUCCUCCUGCACCCGUCAAGCCUAAGGCUCCAGUAGCGCCUAGCAUGGAGGUGACGCCGAGCACUCCGCCCGGUCACGCGCCGAAGACCGCUCCCACACCGCCCCCGCCCGCUCCCCCCGCUGCUGCUAAGCCCCCCUCACCGCCCAAGGCAGCCAGUCCCAAACCAGCUAGUCCUAAAGCUGAAGCUCCUCAGCCUUCAACUUCUGCAGCGCCUCGUCCUCCUACACCCUCGUCGCCUCCAAACCGCCUCACGUCCACGUCGAGCACGGAGCAACUGAUCCCGCCAUCGUCGCCUGAACCUCUCCGUCCGAUCAAGAAGAUAGACGAAGUCAAGACCAUUAAGAGGCAGCCUAAAACAGGCUGGCUUUAAACACAUUACCUGCAUGGUUUGAUUCCCUAGGUUAGCUUUAGUGAAUUUAUAUUUUUCUACCUGGCAUAUUCCUGUUGGCGCCAGAUAUGUUUUCCGGAUAAUUUUUUCAAAUUUGCAACUUUUUAUGAUAUUGUGAAGAAAUUAUCAAGUCUAUAAUAUUAUAAUUUUAUUUUGCGAUGGCAUAAAUAUUAAUUUCACAUUUAUAUAUAUUUCUUGUGCGUUUAA